GCAGAAGAAGCGGUUCCCGCGGAUCUUUUUAAACGCAGGCGGGACCACUUCUUCCUCACUCACUUCAGCACAUUCAGCAGCGCUACACCUGCACUCAGCGCCACAAAAUGGUCCGAACCAAAGCUGACAGCGUCCCAGGGACUUACAGGAAAGCUGUGGCAGCAUCUGCGCCCCGGAAGUCCCUUGGUACCAGUUCUUCCAACUCUGCCUCUCCCAGCAGCGGGUGCUCCACACCUGCAAAGAACAAAUAUGCAGGUGGUAACCCAGUGUGCCCCCGGCCCACACCUGUGUGGCAGAAGGGCAUCGGAGACUUCUUUGGAGGACCGCCUCGGAAACCUGAGAAGGAGAACCUACAGCCUUCUGUGGAGGAUGAGGAGGAAGCGGGAGGCAGCGGGAUGUCCAAAGCCAGCAGGAAAUCCAGACCUCUCAUAGUAGAUGAUGAAGAUGACGAUUAAAUACUUAAAUGACAUUUCAUUUCUUUGGAGAAUUGUCUACCACAUGAAUUGUAAUGUACAUCUGUAAAUAUUUUCAUUUCUGAAUUCAAAUUGUAUAGUUCAUUAAACUUUUUUAUGUUUUUAA